AAACAAAUAUCAAUUCCAUCAAAAAUGUCACUGCACUUUGCACGAAAUGGACGAAAGUUUCUCAAGAAAAACCAAACAAAAUUCACCCCAUCUGGUUCGUUAUGACACUGCAAAAUUGCGAAAUAUUCGCUAGUGUGACGUUCUAUUUGCUAGCCAAAAUUAUUUGUUACACCGUCGACUGCAUCCGAGCAUCAAUGUUCAACAAGUCGGGGACCGUUCUGACGAGUAUCCCGGAGAAAAAUGAGGAAGAAGAGAUCAAGAAAUGGGUGCCAAAGAAGAAGCAUGAGGUUCUGAAAGCCAAAUACAAGUGCUUGAAGAAGCUGUUCCAGAUAUACGAUGCGAGCGUGAUAGGGAUACUGCCGGAGAAUCCGGAGAUAUGUGAAAAUGAGGAGGAGGUGAAGGUUAAAAGCAGGAGGAAAAGGUCCCAUAGAACGAAGACUGACGCCUGUGCUGGGACUACGGAGGUCUCGAGCGGGGAUGCUACUGAGAUGUCGGAGACUGAGAAAGGUUCCACCAUCGCCACCACAAUAAUGCGUGAGUUGAAAAUGACGCAAUGUUCGUGCACGUCAACUCAGUACGAUUCCUCUACCAUCUCCAACCGCUACGCCACCACCCAGAACUCCAAAUCCAUCAUCACCGACAAAGAAUCCGAGUGCAUUCAAGCCACAGAAACAGAAAUCAUCCAGCACCCGAUUCCUUAUCUGAUAGUGAACGAGAAACCCAAAGCGACAAGGUUUCAGCUAUUCCUGCAAAGGAUAUUCGGGAUCAAACGCGAAAGGUCUUAUAAGAACUUUGUACAUCCAAACGGGCAUAUCUACGCGGCCAGCGACAAUAAUAUUACUCCUCACUACUCGGAGAAAAGAAGACGAAGAGGAUUGCGGUUCAGGAAGUUAAGAAGACCGAAGAAGAUACAGUCUGAUGGCGCAUUGAGAAACGUCAAGAGUCCCAUGAUCCUGACGUACGUGCAGAGCGUUCAGAAGAACUGUCUGAUGGAUACCACGCCGAGGCAGUGUCCUAUCAUGGGAUGCAGGAUGAUAUUCUAUGGCAUAAUCAAUUACAACGACCAUCUCAACCUCUGCCAUUUCACUGAACGCAAGUUCAUCUGCCACUACUGCCACGAAGGUUUCGAAAGGGAAUACGACAAAUAUCUCCACGAAAACGAGCAUAUCGGCAUCAAUAAGCUCAACUCCAAUCACCCCAACGUGUCCUCUAGGCAAAGGAAAGCCAGCAUAACCCAAACUGACCCUGAGCUCACGAAAUCUGACGUCCCAGAAGACAAAUUAAAGAAAAUCGUCUCGUUCUUCGACAAAAUCGCUGAUCCCGAUCAGAUCUUGUCAGAGAUCAAGAAGAACAGGUUUUCAGAGUCCAAUCUACAGAAUAGGCAGUCCAAAGAUGAUUCUGCUACAGAAAACACCAGCUGCAACUCGGAAUCUGAUAAAAGGACGGUCAGCUGCGUGAAUCUUCAUAGGAAGGUCAAGAUACCCUCUCCAGCGGAGUCUGAAGUGACGUCAAAGUUUCCGUACAACUCGCCGGUGACGUGUCACUUCUGUGGAGAGAACUUUGAUUAUAGACGCCAACUGAGUCUCCACGUGGACUUAGAACACAGAGUCCACGACAAGUUCUCGAAGUUUCACAGCUGUGCCGGCAUCAUCAACCCUCGCCGCCACGAAGAAGGUAAGGUGACUUUUAAGACCACAGACCGAAGGAGCAAUGCCCCAUCCGAGGACACCUUCCGAAGGAAGUCUGAAGAGAGUCUAACGUACGAGCCUUCUACAAAUAUAGUUUAUUACACAAGUAUGGAGUCUGUAGGCUCCAAAAAACCGCCCGUGAGCUACAAAUGGGAGCCGGGCACAAAAAUUAUUAGGGUGUAGUCUUGUCGUGUUUCGUGAUUGUGUAUCGUGAAGUGGCAUUGUCCAAUAUAGUGUAA